AUGCCUCGUGGUGCCGGUGUUUGUUGUUGUGCACGCAGGGAGGCGCUCGCAGCAAAAGACACAGCUGAAGAACUCCCCGAGUUCACGAUGGUGGACUCGCUGCUCCGCCAAGUGGCUGAGCAUCUGGGGCGUUAUGGCCCUUGGCAUCAAAGGUUCAUUGGGCUGCAGGAAGUUUUCACGAGAACGAACCUGGAGCUCCAAGGGAUUCACGACGUCCGCUGGCUCUCCAGGGGUGACGCCAUUCUGCGCGCGGUAGAGGUCUUCCCCACGCUCAUCGUUAUGCUGUAUGAGUGGGACACUACACUGUACGAGCUCGCCACCAGCUACAGGUUUCACUUCCUGUUGUACUUCCUUGCAGACGUGCUCGAGCAGCUCAAUGUGCUGAACAGGGCAUUCCAGCAGCGAGAGUUGGACAUUGCAAGUGUCCAUGCGCAGAUCCGCCGAUCCAUGUCUUUCCUCGAGUCCCGCUAUGUCGACUGUGGUGACGACUUCGGAGGCGGGAUGAGCGCGCGCCUCUCCCCGUUCAUCAAGAAGCACGGGCCUAAAGGGGGCAAUCCCGAGGUGAAGGUGCAGGGAGUCGACUCGGACGGUCGGCCGAGUACACACACCUUCCAGCUGCACGAGAACCCAAGCGAAGAUUACCCAACCCUCGGCACUCACGACGCCUGCGUCGAUCUCUGCACCACGUUCGCCGAGACGCUCGUGCGAAACCUCAGCAAGCGAUUCAAGGACUUGGACUCCCUGGUGGGAGUGAGGCUCUUCAUGCCAGACGAGUGGGAGCUUGGGAGAGCGGAGCGCAACAAGCAGUGUCUCAAGUGGCUCAUGUCACUCGUGACGCUAUUCAGGGCACAGGAGACGGACUACAUCAUUCCAGGUAAUGCCGUUGCAUACAUUUGUGCUGUCCAUGAGCCCAACUACGAUGAGGUGGUGCAGAUCUGGCGCAGCUACAAGAAGCGCCGCCCAUUUAGCAAUGUGGCAGCACCUCCAGCAAGAGAGGGGGGGGUCGGCAGUGGUGGCAAGGGAAAGGAGGCAGUUGAGGAGGAGGAGUUGGAAGAACGACAGGCUAAGGGAAGUGAUGACGACGACAAGGAUUCUUCAUCUGAUGAUGAUUUUUAA